CUUUUCCGAUCUGGGAAGUGUUGAUAUUAUUAAACAACACACUGGGUACAGUAAUAUUAUUUAAGAUAACAGUUUAAUGUAUUUUUACUUAUGUUAGUAUAGUACAAGGUCAAAGGGACACAUUCCUUAUACGAUUAUGUUGUUUUACUCAAUGCAGCCUAUUGUAUACAUAUUUAGAGUUUAGUCGUAGUUUCACCGUCUAUCGAGUAAAGUGACCCGUUGCCGUUGUACAUCUCUUAUAUUAUAUGUUUUGACAUUUUAUAUUAAAUACUAUUAUAUUACGAAUAAUUUCUAAAUCUUUUAAUUACAUAACCUAUUCCAUUCAACAAGGCUGAAAGGUAAAUUCUACAAGACUGUAGUGAGGCCAGCAUGAGAUAUAUUUAAUCAAAUAAAAAAGAAAGCCAUCAAUUAGUAAUAAGUUUAACAAUGUUUUUGAAAAAAUUUUCUACAAAUAUUUUUACUAACAAUGGUAAAAAUUUUAACGGCUUGUUAUACCAUAUCAAAAACAUUCAUUGUGCUGCAUAUAAUGACGGAUGCACUAAUUUUACAAUGUAUAAGCUUGUGAUGAUUAGACACGGGGAGAGUGAAUGGAAUAAAAAAAAUCUAUUUUGUGGAUGGUAUGAUGCUGCACUUAGCUGCAAAGGUAAAGAAGAAGCAAAAAAAGCAGGAAGAACUUUAUAUGACAAUCAAUAUAAAUUUGAUUUGGCGUACACAUCAAUGCUGAAUAGGGCUCAAGAAACUUUGGAAAUUAUUUUGAAAGAAAUAAAUCAAACACAUAUACCAGUUUGUAAAUCUUGGCAUUUAAAUGAACGGCACUAUGGUAGUCUAACAGGUUUGAACAAAGUGGAGACUGCGAAAAAAUUCGGCGAAAAAAAAGUACAAGAAUGGAGACGCAGCUUUGAUAAACUACCACCCGAAAUGAAGUCAGAUCAUGCCUAUUAUAAACAAAUUAUAAAUGAUUCUAGAUACAGUGAAGAACUUUGCAAAAAUGAAUUUCCUUUAACUGAGUCUUUAAAAUUAACUAUAGAACGUGUUUUACCUUAUUGGAAAAAUGUGAUUGUUCCACAAAUUAAGUUAGGUAAACGAGUUAUUAUAGCUGCUCAUGGAAAUAGCCUAAGAGGAUUAAUAAAACAUUUAGAUUGUAUAUCCAAUGAUGGAAUAAUGAAUCUAAAUCUUCCAACGGGAAUUCCAUUUUUAUAUGAGCUGGAUGAAAAUUUAAAACCUUUAAUAUCAAUGAAAUUUUUAGGUGAUGCAGAAACUAUUAAAAAGGCUACGGAAGCCAUAGCAAAUCAAGGAAAAAUUAAAUAAUUACACUUUUUCAUUUUAUGCAAUUGUAGCAA